AAGGUGGAACAGCUUAUGGAAUGGAGCUCAAGGCGCUCAGUCAUCCGCAUGAAUGGAGACAAAUUCAGAAGAUUUGUGAAGGCCCCACCUCGUAACUACUCUGUGAUUGUAAUGUUCACAGCUCUCCAGCCACAGAGACAAUGUUCUGUUUGCAGGCAAGCUAAUGAAGAAUAUCAAGUGCUGGCCAACUCCUGGCGCUACUCAUCUGCUUUUUCUAAUAAAUUAUUCUUCACUAUAGUGGAUUAUGAUGAAGGGGCAGAUGUUUUUCAACAGCUCAAUAUGAACUCUGCUCCGACAUUCAUGCAUUUUCCUCCGAAAGGUAAACCCAAGAGAGCUGACACCUUCGACCUGCAGAGAAUAGGAUUUGCAGCAGAGCAGCUAGCUAAAUGGAUAGCUGACAGAACGGAUGUUCAUAUUAGGGUAUUCAGGCCUCCAAACUAUUCAGGCACUAUUGCACUGGCUCUUUUAGUGUCACUUGUUGGUGGCUUGCUGUACUUGCGAAGAAAUAACUUGGAGUUCAUCUACAACAAGACUGGCUGGGCAAUGGCAGCUCUGUGCGUUGUGUUUGCUAUGACUUCUGGUCAAAUGUGGAAUCAUAUCCGGGGACCUCCAUAUGCUCAUAAGAAUCCUCAGAAUGGACAAGUGAGUUACAUACAUGGGAGCAGUCAGGCUCAAUUUGUUGCAGAAUCCCAUAUUAUACUACUACUGAAUGCGGCUAUCACCAUGGGAAUGGUUCUUCUGAAUGAAGCUGCUACUUCCAAAGGGGAUGUUGGAAAAAGGAGAAUAAUAUGCCUCGUAGGACUGGGUCUGGUGGUUUUCUUCUUCAGCUUCCUGCUGUCGAUAUUCCGCUCCAAAUACCAUGGCUAUCCAUACAGGUAA